GGGAUCCUCGCCCGGCACAGGCGCGGUCACCGGCAGGGGUUGUUACGGAGUUGGGUGCAGGAUUCGCCUUUCCUGAUCGUCUCUUCUCCGCCCAGGAUUUAUUGUCUGUGGAGCCUUUGGGGGGUGGGGUGGGAGCUGCGCCUCCGCCACCGCCGCCGCCGCCGCCGCCGCCGCCGCGGUCGCUAGCGCGGCGCGCAGGGCAGGCAGAGGCUGGGGAGUGGACGCGCUCCUGCCUCCCCAGCUGGCGCUUCGGGCUUCCCCUCGGACGCUUCCCGCGGGAACCUCUCCAGCCGUCCACCUGAAGGGCACCGGCAUCAUGGUCUAACGUGGCACCUUCCGGAUUCCCCUCAGUCUCCUGUUCUUCCUACCUUCUACUCCCCUCCUCUCCUCCUUCGAGGACCCUGGCGCCCACUCCACUGCGGACACCUGAACACUUAAGGAAUAACCGUUGGCAGCUGCACCGCUACGCUCUCCGGAACCUCAUGGGCAGUUUCUCCCGCCGGCGAUGAUGGAGAACCUAAUAAGGGGAAGGAAUCCCCCACAAUACCAGAGAAGUCCUUGUAAAGAGGUUCGUGCAGCACUUCGGAAGAGGCCUGAAGAGGAGUGAGCCCGCUACAUGAAAAAAAAUGCAAGUCAAAGUGGUCACAACCUAGAAGUCUGCAGAGACAGGAAUAACUAGCAAUGCAGUGCCUGGAGAUGACCACCAAACGGAAAAUCAUCGGCCGUCUUGUGCCGUGCAGAUGUUUCCGAGGUGAAGAAGAAAUCAUUUCAGUUUUAGAUUACUCCCACUGCAGUCUUCAGCAGGUGCCAAAGGAGGUCUUUAACUUCGAACGAACAUUAGAGGAGCUUUAUCUAGAUGCCAAUCAAAUUGAAGAACUACCCAAGCAAUUGUUCAACUGUCAAGCUCUACGAAAACUAAGUAUUCCUGAUAAUGACCUUUCAAAUCUGCCAACCACUAUUGCUAGUUUAGUUAAUCUUAAAGAACUCGACAUCAGUAAAAAUGGUGUACAAGAAUUUCCAGAAAACAUAAAGUGCUGUAAGUGUUUAACAAUUAUUGAAGCCAGUGUCAAUCCCAUUUCUAAACUUCCUGAUGGCUUCACACAGCUCCUAAACCUGACCCAGCUCUACCUGAAUGACGCCUUUCUUGAAUUUCUUCCAGCCAAUUUUGGAAGACUUGUCAAAUUGCGGAUCUUGGAGUUAAGAGAAAAUCACUUGAAAACUCUACCAAAGUCAAUGCACAAACUGGCCCAGUUGGAAAGACUUGACCUAGGCAAUAAUGAAUUCAGUGAGCUGCCUGAAGUUCUGGAUCAAAUACAAAAUUUGAGGGAGUUAUGGAUGGAUAAUAAUGCAUUACAAGUGCUACCUGGGUCUAUAGGGAAGUUAAAGAUGUUGGUAUACCUGGAUAUGUCCAAAAACAGAAUAGAAACAGUUGACAUGGAUAUUUCUGGAUGUGAAGCCCUUGAGGACCUCUUAUUGUCAUCCAAUAUGUUGCAACAAUUGCCUGACUCUAUAGGACUUUUGAAAAAACUAACUACUCUAAAAGUAGAUGACAAUCAACUUACGAUACUACCCAAUACAAUCGGAAAUUUAUCUUUAUUAGAAGAAUUUGACUGUAGCUGUAAUGAACUGGAGUCACUACCUUCUACCAUUGGCUACCUUCAUAGUCUUCGAACAUUAGCAGUUGAUGAGAAUUUCCUUCCAGAAUUACCCAGAGAAAUUGGAAGUUGUAAGAAUGUUACAGUCAUGUCUCUACGCUCCAACAAAUUAGAAUUUCUUCCUGAAGAGAUUGGACAGAUGCAGAAACUUAGAGUCCUAAAUUUGAGUGACAACAGAUUGAAGAAUUUACCAUUCUCAUUUACCAAACUUAAAGAGCUUGCAGCUUUGUGGCUUUCUGACAAUCAGUCCAAAGCCCUUAUCCCUUUACAAACAGAAGCCCAUCCAGAAACAAAGCAAAGGGUAUUGACUAACUACAUGUUUCCCCAGCAGCCUCGUGGUGAUGAAGAUUUCCAGUCAGACAGUGACAGCUUUAACCCUACACUGUGGGAAGAACAGAGACAACAACGCAUGACUGUAGCCUUUGAAUUUGAAGACAAAAAGGAAGACGACGAAAAUGCUGGGAAAGUUAAGGAUCUCUCCUGCCAAGCCCCCUGGGAAAGGGGCCAGCGUGGGAUUACUCUCCAACCUGCCAGACUGUCUGGCGAUUGCUGCACACCAUGGGCCAGGUGUGAUCAGCAGAUCCAAGAUAUGCCCGUCCCCCAGAAUGACCCACAGCUGGCAUGGGGUUGUAUAAGUGGCCUCCAGCAGGAAAGGAGCAUGUGUACUCCAUUGCCAGUUGCAGCACAAUCCACCACUCUUCCCUCUCUAAGUGGCAGACAGGUUGAAAUAAACCUAAAACGAUAUCCAACUCCUUACCCAGAGGAUUUAAAGAAUAUGGUAAAAUCUGUUCAAAAUCUGGUGGGUAAGCCAAGCCAUGGAGUGCGUGUUGAGAAUUCAAAUCCAACUGCUAACACGGAGCAAACUGUGAAAGAAAAAUAUGAACACAAGUGGCCGGUAGCCCCAAAGGAGAUUACAGUGGAGGAUUCUUUUGUUCAUCCAGCUAAUGAAUUGAGGAUUGGGGAACUUCACCCUUCAUUAGCUGAGACCCCUCUGUACCCACCCAAACUUGUUCUGCUAGGGAAGGACAAAAAAGAAUCAACUGAUGAGUCUGAAGUUGACAAAACUCACUGUCUGAAUAACAGUGUUUCCUCAGGCACUUACUCAGACUACUCGCCUUCCCAGGCUUCCUCAGGAUCCUCUAACACCCGGGUUAAAGUGGGGUCCUUGCAGACAACAGCUAAAGAUGCAGUACAUAAUUCUUUGUGGGGUAACAGGAUUGCACCAUCUUUCCCACAACCUCUUGAUGCAAAGCCAUUACUCAGUCAGCGAGAGGCUGUUCCCCCAGGGAAUAUACCACAGCGUCCUGACCGGCUGCCAAUGAGUGAUGCUUUCACUGACAACUGGACUGAUGGCUCACAUUAUGACAACACAGGGUUUGUUGCUGAGGAAGCCACCGCCGAGAAUGCCAACAGUAAUCCCCUCUUAAGUUCGAAAUCUAGAAGCACAUCUUCGCAUGGACGCAGGCCUUUGAUCAGGCAAGAUAGGAUUGUUGGUGUUCCCCUGGAACUCGAGCAGUCUACACACAGACACACACCAGAAACAGAAGUGCCUCCUUCCAAUCCUUGGCAGAAUUGGACCAGAACCCCUAGUCCGUUUGAAGACAGGACCGCUUUUCCUUCCAAAUUAGAGACAACCCCCACUACUAGCCCAUUGCCUGAGAGGAAAGAACAUAUAAAGGAAUCUACUGAAAUACCUAGUCCUUUUUCUCCAGGUGUACCAUGGGAGUAUCAUGAUUCCAAUCCCAACAGGAGUCUUAGUAAUGUCUUUUCUCAAAUCCACUGCCGCCCGGAAUCUUCUAAAGGUGUUAUUUCAAUUAGCAAAAGCACAGAGAGGCUUUCUCCCUUAAUGAAAGAUAUCAAGUCCAAUAAAUUCAAAAAGUCACAGAGUAUUGAUGAGAUUGACAUUGGUACAUACAAAGUGUAUAACAUACCAUUAGAAAACUAUGCUACUGGGAGUGAUCACUUAGGAAGCCACGAACGACCAGAUAAGAUGCUGGGACCAGAGCAUGGUAUGUCCAGUAUGUCUCGAAGCCAGUCAGUCCCGAUGCUGGAUGAUGAGAUGCUCACCUACGGAAGUAGUAAAGGGCCACAACAGCAAAAAGCUCCUAUGACAAAAAAAGUCUAUCAAUUUGACCAAAGCUUCAAUCCUCAAGGAUCAGUGGAAGUGAAAGCCGAAAAGAGGAUACCACCGCCUUUUCAACACAAUCCUGAGUACAUGCAACAGGCCAGCAAAGACAUCGCCAAGGAUUUGAUUAGUCCUAGAGCUUACAGAGGAUACCCACCGAUGGAGCAGAUAUUUUCAUUUUCUCAGCCAUCUGUGAACGAGGAUGCUGUGGUGAAUGCCCAGUUCGCAAGCCAAGGGGCCAGGGCAGGCUUCCUGAGAAGGGCCGACUCCCUGGUGAGCGCCACAGAAAUGGCCAUGUUUAGGAGGGUCAAUGAGCCUCACGAGCUGCCCCCUACUGAUAGGUACGGCAGACCUCCAUAUAGGGGAGGGCUGGAUCGCCAAAGCAGCGUUACAGUGACUGAGUCCCAGUUCCUGAAAAGGAAUGGCAGGUAUGAAGAUGAACACCCUUCAUAUCAAGAAGUGAAAGCUCAGGCGGGAAGUUUUCCAGUUAAAAACCUUACCCAGAGGAGGCCAUUGUCUGCAAGAAGCUACAGUACAGAGAGUUACGGUGCCUCCCAAACCAGGCCAGUUUCAGCUAGGCCUACUAUGGCAGCUCUUUUGGAAAAAAUACCAUCUGACUAUAACUUGGGUAACUAUGGUGACAAGCCAUCAGAUAACAGUGAUUUAAAGACGAGGCCUACUCCUGUGAAGGGAGAGGAGAGCUGUGGUAAAAUGCCUGCAGACUGGAGACAACAGCUGCUUAGACAUAUAGAAGCUAGACGGUUAGACAGGAAUGCUGCUUACAAACACAAUACAGUUAACCUUGGCAUGCUGCCCUAUGGAGGUAUUUCAGCAAUGCAUGCAGGCAGAAGCAUGACUUUAAACUUGCAGACUAAGUCUAAAUUUGAUCAUCAAGAACUACCUCUUCAUAAAACCCCGUCCCAGCAAAGCAACAUUUUAGACAAUGGACAAGAAGAUAUAUCUCCUAGUGGCCAAUGGAAUCCUUAUCCACUUGGGAGGCGGGAUGUACCUCCGGACACCAUUACUAAAAAGGCAGGCAGCCACAUCCAGACAUUGAUGGGGUCCCAAAGCCUUCAGCAUCGCAGCCGGGAGCAGCAGCCAUAUGAGGGAAAUAUAAACAAAGUGACCAUCCAGCAAUUUCAGUCACCAUUGCCUAUUCAGAUCCCCUCUUCACAGGCCACCCGGGGACCUCAGCCUGGACGGUGCUUAAUUCAAACUAAAGGGCAAAGGAGUAUGGAUGGAUAUCCAGAGCAGUUUUGUGUGAGAAUAGAAAAGAAUCCUGGCCUUGGAUUUAGUAUCAGUGGUGGAAUCAGUGGACAAGGAAAUCCAUUCAAACCUUCUGACAAGGGUAUCUUUGUUACUAGGGUUCAGCCUGAUGGGCCAGCAUCAAACCUACUGCAGCCUGGUGAUAAGAUCCUUCAGGCAAAUGGACACAGUUUUGUACAUAUGGAACAUGAAAAAGCUGUAUUACUACUGAAGAGUUUCCAGAACACAGUAGACCUAGUUAUUCAACGUGAGCUUACUGUCUAAAUAUUUUUUAUAAAUAGUGAAGAUACGUCUAGCCAGACCUAAUGUUCAAAAAUAAAUUUAUACAUAGAAACAAAUUUUGCCAAUUGCUGGACCAAUGGCAAACAUUAGUGCCAAAUGUAUAAUACUAUAUGUUAGCACUGAUCAUCCUUAACAAUGUUAACUCUAUAAAUAUGAUGUUCAUGUGGUUAUGUAUUAGUUUUAAUUGUCAGCCUCUGGCUGUGCAUUGGUGCAGUUUUGUUUCUGUUUUUGUUUUUGUUUUUAAUCAAAUAAGUUUCUUCUCAAAGUGAAUUUCAUAUAAUUUCGGAGCACGGAAGCACACACAAGCUCUUUAUGAAUUCUGCUCUCCAUCAGAAACACUGCCUCAAAGUUGUAUAUGCCUUUAUAUAGAAAAUACAAAUAUAAAGAAUUGUAAUUCCCAUGAAAUAUUUCUAGCACAAGGUAUAUGUUGGCAUAUAUACAAAAAGAAUAUAGAGAAAAACAAUAUUUUCAUAAACUAAACAUCUCGGAUAGAGAAAAAAUAUAUCUUAAAAUAAGACUUUACUAUAUUGAAUCUUUUUCAAUAAAAAUUACAUGAUAAUGCCUUAUGAAAGUAACUGUACAUAUGGUAUAAAGUGUUUAUAUUUGGUUCCAUAUUCAUUUGCUAAAUUCUCAUAACACAGAGUGAAAUAUUUCAUAAAUUAGCCAUUUAUCUCUGGGACCCGAAUAAAAAUAGGAUGAACUAAUUUGUUCAAUGCCUUUAGCUAAUUACAAUACAUGCGGCGUUUAGAAACAGACUAAAGGACAUUGUAGUUAAGUCUUUUUCACCACAAAUUUAAGCAGUGGAUGAUGGGUGGCAGGAAAGGUAUUGCUUUAUUUCUUUCAAGUUUAUGUUGAUUAUAAACUGUAGCCCCCGUGAUUUCUUUACUUGUAAAUGUGGAAUUUAUUUGUGUGUUGCUUAAUCUAAUUUGCUACUUUUAAAUUAUUUAAAAUUAGCUUCAGAAAUUGAUAAAAUUUAUCAUUAAGAAAGACUGCUGUUAGAAAGUAAUGGUGGGUAAUUUUAAAUCCUUGGUAUUUAAAUAUGAAACUUCAAAUAUAAUUUCUCAGAGCUGUGGUUUACCUGUAUUAUUAAUUUAAAUGGCUGUUCUUCUGAGCAGAAAUAGAUAAAAUACUUUUUUUUUUUCCAAAAACUGUUUCAAGGUAUGUAAAAUCCUGAAUGCUUUCUCACUGGAGAGAAAGACAAGAAUGGUUAAUGUAGAAUUAUUUACUUUUCCAUUGAAACUACUUUCCUAUAUAAAUGAUCAAAAUUUAUUUUAUAAUCCUUCAAAAUAUUUAUCUUUCAUAUUAGUCAUUAGUUUGAUUGCAAUAUUAAUUUGAAAUUCCAGGAUAAUUUCCCAGAGUUGUUUGCAUGCAUUCUCUUUCAUAAUUUCACAUAAUUCUUUUGUUAUAUAAUGAAUUUACUUUACAUGCUAGUGUUUCAAGUAUUGUAUGAGGAUUUUCACAGUAGUAUCACUUAUCAAUGUCACCAAAGCUCUGAGAAUAAUAUUUGUAAGUUAAUUGUUUUAUGGGGACAUUGAAAAUAUUGUAUUUUUGUAGGGCCUAUUAAAAUGAGUGUCACUUAUUAGAAGUACAGUGGUAUUUUUUGGCAAUAGAAUUUGUCACUUGAAGGCAAAUAAUACUUCACUUUAUAGAUGAUGCACUAAUUUUGAUGUUGCUUUAUGUCAAGGUGACAUUAUACCAUGAUUUUAUAGGGUUCGAUAAUUAGCUAAUGAUUAAAUGAUUGGCCUAUUUAAUAUGUUUCCCAGAAGUAACUUUUAAAUGCAUUUUAAUUCAUUGAGAGUUUCAGGUGAGAAAUGUAUUUCAGAGCCUAAUUUUCUUUGUUGAAAACUCAUGUCAAGCCACCAUGUCCAGAUGUCAUAGGAUGAUCAUCAUUAAUCAAGAUAGAGGCCUUUACUAGCCUCAUAAGAUUACUUAAAGAAAAAACAAACCCAUGGCUGUAGUUUGGUGGCAAAGAAACAUCUGAAAUCAUCCCAUCAGUUUUUCUUAGUCUUUUAUGGGAGGAGAGGGAGAAGAGCCAGAUAUAUACCUGCCCCAAGUCUUUUUCUUAUGUCAGGUUUCUGCAUCAAACCCAGGGCUUCAGGACAUCCUUCUGAGGUACACAGCUGAGAGGAUCAUGAUCCUCAUAAACACCUCUUCCACUACUGAUGUGACAACAUUGUCCUGAGCCACUACUUUAGUACUUCCUGUGCUGCAGUUCAGAAAUGAGGAAAAGAGAGAAGGGAUCCUUGACCAACUGGAAAAGUUACCUGAUAUGCCAAAGCACCUCACUGUCAGUUGUACUGCCAUGUUGCAUACUGAGAGCAGGCAGGUCAUAAUGAAAAGAGGCAGGCCAGGCGCGGUGGCUCACACUUGUAAUCCCCGCAUUUUGGGAGGCCAAGGCAGGCAGAUCACUUGAGGUCAGUUUAAGAGCAGCCUGGCCAACAUGGUGAAACACCAUCUCUACUAAAAAUACAAAAAUUAGCUGGGAAUGGUGAGGCAUGAGAAUCAAUCGCUUGACCCAGGAGACAGAGGUUGCAAUGAGCUGAGAUCAUGCCACUGCACUCCAGCCUCGGCAACAGAGUGAAACUCCAUCCCAAAAAAAUAAAUAAAUGUAGAAAAGAGGCAAUAUUUUUUAGGUCUAUGGAAUAGAAUUACUAAGCACUUGAGGGGGAUAAACCUAACAGAUUCUAUAGGUGAUGAAAACCAAUUAUACAUUGAUUUUUGAUUAUUGACUUUUUGCAGUAACUGGUUUUGCUGCCUGAAAUUAAAAACUGGUUCAUUUUAACAAUAAAAAAGAAAAGUCAAGGGCUUGCCUUUAAAAAAAAGAAAAAGAAAAGUCAAUAACAACAAAAGGACUGGAAUUCAUGAUGGCUCCAAUAGCCUCUGCCUCUUGGUCUUCAAUUUUUAUUGGACUCUGUCUGCCGAGGAAACUGUUUAUUUGUGAUGAGUCAGUGAGAUCUAAUGGAGGAGAUGGAGAAUGAUUAGAGGUGGAAAGAGCAAGUGAUGAAAAUUACUAGUAGAACUGCUGCAAAUUUUGCAAAACAAAUAGACAUUAGUGGACAAUCUUUUUAACUAUUUACAAGGCUUGAAAUAUUUUGUCAUAAAAACUCUGCUAUGAUAACUCCAGCCUUCUGACAAUACAAUAACCUAAACACACAGAAUAACUUCAAAGUACAAGUGCAUUUUUGACAAGGAAUAUUCAAACUCACUAUGAAAUACAAAUAUUUACAUUACACUGAUCUGUUGCUUAUUGAAGCCUUAUAAAAGAUAUGUAUCUCCAUUACUUAGAAUUGUAUUAGGUUGCUGCAAAAGUAAUUGCAGUUUUUACCAUUGAAAAUAGGGGCAAAAACCGCAAUUACUUUUGUACCAACCUAAUACAGAUGUAAAACCAUCUGAAUUGUUUCUGGACCUUACCUUGGAUCACAACCUUUGAGAUGGAAAACAGCUUUAAGGAGAGACUGACAAGCCAAUGUUAAUUUGCUUUUAAUCUUAAAGAUGAUCGCACACAUAUCACUAAUGUAAUUGCUUAUUUAAAAAUAGGACUGACAUAUCUUUCAACUGGCGUGAGCUAAAGAGAGAGAGAAGAUUCAGAGGGGAGAAAACAUGGAAGAAAUUAGAUUUAUAUAUUCAGAUAUUAAAUGAAAAGUAUCUGAAUUUGUCAAAAUGGUUAGAUAAAAAAACAUUUUAUUUUUAAUCAUAAAAUCUAUUUAAUAUAUAUUUAAUAUCUAUUAAUAUUUAAGCUUUCCAAUGUAAAGCUUUGGAAAACAUAGUGUGCUUGGCACUUUGUCUUUCCAUUGUCUCUUAAUGCUAUCCUUAAUGAAUUUCUACCCUUCAUUGGCACAUAGAUCAAAUAUGUCUGAUCAAUAUAUUCUUAUCAAGAGACAAGAAUACAACAUAACCAGGUCAAAAGCCACACUGGUAUAGGACUGCCACUCAAAGUCUUUGAUAAAUGCGAUCAAAGAACACGUUUGACUGAUUUCUGAUAUGCUGACCCAACAGCAAGUUUUUUGGCAAACUGGGUCAGUAAAAAGUUAUGCAAAUAAUGAAAUCCAAUACGUUAAGAAGAUGGGUCCUUUAUCUGGUAUAAAGAAAAGCAGGGUUGAAGUUCUACUGUAGUUCCUUUCACAGAAAUGCUAAAUCUUACCAAGCUUAAUUAAAUGCUCAAACUCUGGGUUGGUAAUAUGUCCUCUCUUCAUAUUUGUAGCUACCUGGUCUUCUGGGACUUGGGGGAAAAUCUCCAGAUUAGUGAUCACUUGCAUGAACAUUUUUCCUUAGCAAUACAACCACCUUCUUUUAAGAAAAGCAUCUUUCCUUGGCCCAGGAUAUUUCCCAUCACCCACCAAAACCAUACUCAAAGAAUACAUUAUAGCAAGAAAACAGCGUGUGGGCUGUGGACAAAUAGAUGUGCACUACGUAAAGCACAUGGGUUAGUAUUACAGGAGAUCCUGAGUGUCAGCUCCAUUUUGAUCUAAACUAUUCAGGGAAUGUAUAUUCCAAGACGCACCACUUGUACAAACUAAGGUAGAUGCAAUCAAGUUUUCCAGUCAUAUCCUGAACCUUCUGGGAGCAUUUCUGACCUGUCUUCAUUGCUGCAGUUGCUGCUGUAGAUCCAUCCCUCCAACUCCCCCUGUUUUCCGAAGGCAGUGGAUGUCUGCUUCUAUUCUGCUGAAACAAAGAUAAGAGGCCCCCUUCAAGUGAUAGCUGUUCCAAGAGCCUUGAGUAUCAACAGAUAGUUACAGUUCCCAAUUUGGGAAGAAAUUUCUUGGGUGAUCCAGGAACCUGGUGUAGUAACAUUAACCAAGGCCCAAAGAUGGAGUACUUACAAUGUUACUGACAACAGCAAACAAAGCUUGUCUGCAAUGGUGAGGGUGGCAAUGCCUUUAUAAAACUGUUUUCACUUCUGUUUUUAAAACAUUGGAUUUUGCUGGAUUGAGGGACUUUCUCUAAGCCUCUCAGCUGCUUCUUACUGGGACAUGUUCCAAUCUUCCUUACUUUCAACACUGUCUGCAAGAGAAUGGUUUGGAAACACUCCCUGGUAAGGAUAUAAAUUGCCCAGCAUCUACUUUGGAGAAUUCAGAUACUUUUUAAAAACUGAGGAGGAACAUCUACUCUAAGUUUUUAUUUAAAAUACAUACAGUUAAAGUAUAGGAAUAUUGAAUCCCUUGGAUUUUAACCAUGUGAUUAUGUCAAUCUUCUCUGAGAACAGUUCUAUUGAAAGUAAAGAGAAGAGACCUGAGAAAGGAGACAUAAUUUACUGAUUAACUUCAGAGGCAUUUCUUUGGCUGGUAGAGUCCUCCCAGUUGGGUUCUGUGUAGGGCAGCUCAUGCUUUUUGUAACACACUGAGCCCUGAGCAAUGUAAGAAAUGGGCCUGGAUUAAGGCAUGCAGAUAUGAGGCUAUCUCUGCACAAAUUGUCUGCAAAACACUCCUUUUGUGCCUAAUUUUGUUAUGACAGCACCUCAAAAAUUAGAAGGUUGUGAACUUAAGGCAACAUUGAUGUAAAAAUUACAUGACUCUUACCAGUCUAAUGUUGGGAAUACUACAGAGUCCUACCCAAAGACAAGGUCUGGGCCAGAUUUCUGCAGCUGAGAUUUUCAAACCAGGUCUAAUUCUCUCUUCUCCUUAAAAAAAAAAAAAAAGGAGAGAGAGACUUACAAUUCUUUUUUUCAUUUAUGUUACUUAUUUUAUUUUAUUUAUUUAUUUUUUGAGACAAAGUCUUGCUCUGUCACCCAGGCUGGAGUAGAAUGGCACUAUCUCGGCUCACUGCAACCUCCACUUCCUGGGUUCAGGCAAUUCUCAUGCCUCAGCCUCCUGAGUAGCUGGGAUUACAGGUGCAUGCCACCACCCGGGCUAAUUUUUUAUUUUUAGUAGAGACAGGGUUUCACCAUGUUGGCCAGGUUGGUCUCAAACACCUGGCCUCAAACGAUCCACCUGCCUCAGCCUCCCAAAGUGCUGGGAUUACAGAUGUGAGACACUGUGCCCAGCAUUUCUUCAUUCUUUAAACUAGCAUAAAUUUCACUGGGUAUAGACAUUGGUGUUAAAAAACAAGUUAAAUGAAUCACCCAAUCUUUCUCUAGUUUUGAAAGUAUAUUUUUUCUAUCACUGUUGUACAAGUGUAUUGCUUGUGCUUAUUUUUUCCUUCUUCAAAAUAACAGGUUGAGUAAGCAGCCUAAUAAACAGCCAAGUAUCUUUACAUCCAGAGUAAAAUAUCUUAGUACAGGAACUUUGAUUUUCAUAGCAAACUCAUGUAUUUCCUCCACAGGAAAAUAUUUACUGUAGCAGAAUCUCCGAAGCCUAAAGUGCGUUAUUUAUAAAUUCAAAACACUUGGAGACAUUUCAUUGAAGAAUAUAACAAAAACAUUAAAUAUGAUGAUUAUAAAUGUUGAGAUAAAUAUUUGUUGGGCAUCAACUACAUAUCAGGUACUACAAGGGAUAUAAUGUGAUCUCCUCAGCACAGAAUCUCAGUCAAGAGGAAAGAUAAGAGAAGUUCCAGAUCAAAGACAGUACAAGGCAAUGUGGUGAGUCCCUCUGUUCCUGCCCUCAACCAAUCGUAUUGCAAAAGGAAAUAGAGUCUUUAUCUGGUCAAAUCUGUUUUGGUCUGAGCAUGGUUUGUUCCAUUUGGAGCUGCAGAUAGGUCUUCUGCUGGUUCCUGUGACCUUCAUACAGCUCACACAGAGUGUCACAAUGCCAGGCAUGGUGGUUCAUGCCUGUAAUCCCAGCACUUUGGGAGGCCGAGGCAGGUAGAUCACGUGAGGUCAGGAAUUCAAGACCAGCCUGGCCAACAUGGUGAAGCCCCAACAUAUUUCAUAUUCAUAAAAACAUGAAAAAUUAGCCAGGCAUGGUGGCACGCGCCUGUAAUCCUAGUUACUGGGGAGGGUGAGGCAGGAGAAUUGCUUGAACCCAAGAGGUGGAGGUUGCAGUGAGCUGAGAUCGUGCCACUGCUCUCCAGCCUGGGUGACAGAGUGAGACUCUAUCUCAAAAAAAAAAAAACGUGUUACGAAAAGUGUGAGCUGGAUGAAUACUUGCCAGGAUUUAGGUCAGCAUUUGAUAGGCUAGAUCUGAAAAGUGUGAAUACCUUACUAGACAAGAUAAAUAGCAACCAGAAUCUCUUGAAUCUCUGGAAGAGAAGCAAGAAUUUUGCCAAUCUGUCUGUUCUAAAGACGAAAGGGGAUGAAGAAUGGUGUCCCUCAACUUGGUCCAGCACUGUGUCUGUAUGCUCCUGACAUUGUGGGAGAAAGAGAUGGAAUUCAACUCUUUAAAAGUCAUGGGGGGGGUGCUUGAAAAGAGUGUUCUAGGUUCAGUGGCCCCAAAAAGUCCCCCCUAUGACCACUGUCAGGGAGUGUGCGCAUCCAUGCUAUCCAAUAUUAGAAUGACCCACUCAGAAAUGCAAGGAGUUGAACAAUCAUUCAGCUGGCUGCAUUUCAUGUUUAUUAACUUUACUUUUUGGGUGAAGAAUAUUUUCACUGCACACUGCUCAAGUGAUCCCAUGAAAAUGCUGUUUGCAUGAGAUUGGAUCACACAUAUCCAUAUAUCAUAAACACUCUUCCAAGGAAUUCUGGUUCUCUGAAUCUGGAAAUUGGUUUUAUUUUCUUCUCCCUAUGCAUAUUCAGUGUUUUAGACACAUAUAAAACCUUACUUCUCUGAGUAUUCACUGUACUUACUUCUCUGAGUAUUUCAGCUUUUGUCUACACUAUCACUCUAUUGGAAUGCCUUCCUCUCCCUAUUCCCUUUCUAAAUUAUUAAAAAUCAUAUGCAGCCUUAAGAGCCCAGCUCAAAUAGCACUAGAACAAUGAAACCCUCCCUAACCUUCAUGGAAAAUAAUUUCUGUACUGAGCACUACCAUAUUAAUUUUUUCUUAUAUUUUUUAGUAUCUUUCCCAUUCUUCCUGAAGGCAUAGCUAUUUGGUGUUUGUUUUUCUUAUGAACUUUAAGCUUCUCAAGAGAGAGGAUCAGACAAUACUUAAGAAAGGCCUUCUAGACAGAAGAGCCUCAGGAGAGGUAAAAUGGCCAGAUGUUUUGUUUACCAUAUAUCCUUAAUGCCUGUCAUAGUGUCAGAAGCAUAGUAUAGGUUCUCAAUAAAUAUUUGUGUAAUGAUAAAGUGGAUGGCACAUUGUGCACUUUAUAAAUACUGAAUUAAACAGCAAGUUGAUGUUCAGUUUGUAUAACCUUAAACUACCAACCUUUCAUUUACUCAGUUGACUCACAAUUCCCAGUUUUUUUUAAAAAAAAAUCUCCUUUUUAAAUCAAUCUUCUUCAGCAUUUUUCUAAGAUAUUUUUCAUCUUUUCUGCUGUGUUUCAGCAGCUACAUUUAAUUUUCCUUUUAUGGUGCUCUAAGGACCUUAACACUAUCCAAAAAGUAACACUAUUCACAAAGUUUAAGAAGUGGCUUUUGUUUAUUUAAUCGGAUUAGAUCAUAUCUAUCCUUUUGAUUUUCUUUGGUUUUAUUUCUCUUCUGAGAAGUCAUGCACAUUGUGAGUUGGUAGAUUACGUUACCUAAGCAAUUUUUACAAUUCGGAGGUGAAGAUAAAAAGAUGUCAUGAGAGAGACAGGGCUACAGAACUGUAGCUGGGAGAAAGGGGUCUCCACCCCCAAUUUAGUUCUAAAUUUUAAACUGUUGCCAAAUGCUGCCUGUCCUAUUAAUAGAUAAAAGAAUACUCUGUCCACAGGCCUUUGGCCACAGUUGAGCAUGACAAUGUUUACACACUGCAUUUUGGCAUCAUUUUAUGAAUAGUUCCCACCCUCUAUAUCCCCGAAGUGAAGAUGUCAUAUAGUUCAGCCAAAAUUCUCAGGCCACUGUAAAAGCUAUAUAAUUGAUAUGAUUAACUAUUUACAUAGAGCACAGAAAAAAUCAGGGUUACCUUGACAAAACCAUAUUCCCCCUCCCAAACUUUUAUAAAGAGAGAAUCUGACCUGUUGAUCUCAAAGUGGAGAGCAUGCUAAUUAUACUGUCAUGAACAUUGGCUUCAUUAGAUCCUUCUCUUGAAGGGACAAAAAAUGGAAUCCAGCCCCUUAAAAGACAAAUGAUAUCUAAGUGGGAAUCUCAUGAUAUCUAAGAGCCCCGGGUUGGGAAGCUCCUAACCACAAUCCCUUUAUUACCUCAUGGGACCUUAAUUUCAAGUAAAACAUUUCUGUCUUAGCUUUCUCACAAAAAUAUUUCCCAUGUCUUUCUAUUUGCGUUUCAUAGCAAUGUGACUCUAGAAUUAAGUGAAAUAUUCCCAAACAUUAAAUGUUUUGUCAUUGACUCUUUUACUUAUACUAUUAAUAUUAAUUACCCCUAUUCUACCUCUGCUUUUUAAUUUCUUUUUAUCAGGAGAACUUGGUAACUAUCAAGUUAAUUAUGUCUUCUUUUCAUAAAAUUUUGGAUUUAGAAAUAUUUAGAUAAAGUCAUGAGUGUAUCUUGAAGGAAACAGCCACCAUUGCUGUAUUUGAUAGCAUGAUGCCUCAAACUCUCCAGAGGCCCUCUCUUUGGUAUCUUAUAGCCCAGUAGACACACAUUUACACAGGUAAAAGAAUGCCAGUGUCACUUUGAGCAAAAAUGAAUGAAAAAUGAACUGGGAAAGUGCAAUGUUGAAAGAGUGACUUAUCCUAGGAUAGUAAGAAUAUUUUAGAAUAGUAAGAGUACUUUAAUCAAGUAUUUUUAAGCAAGAGUACUUUAGGAUGAUGAGUGAGUAGGAACAAGAAGAGACUAGGGCUGGGAAAGAGGGAAAUUAGUAAGUUAUUAAGGAGGAAAGAAUGAGAGACAAAAGAAGGGAGAAAGAGGACUGAUACAGAGAAUCAGAGAGAAACUGGAUAAAGGAAAUCAGAUCCAGGUAUACCCUCCAGUCUCUUGGUUCUGGUGAGCAUACCCCUUCUUCAGACAGCCCUGAAUUUCCUUCCUUUCUCUCUGCUCUCUCUUGACCAGAAGAGUAAUUGUUCAGCUCCUCUUGGCUUCUGGCUUCCCUCCUGCUCUUCCAGGUGUCAAAAAAAGAAGUUACAAUGAAAAAUGAGGUACAUAUUAGAAAUAUAUUUAGUUUAAUUGCUGUUUAUUUCUAGAAACUAUUUUUCUAAUGUCAUAGGUAAUGUUUUAGUCAUGCAACUUCUCAGAACAAGGAAAAUCACUAAAAGUCAUCUCAUUAAAAAAAAAAUUACCAGAGUACUUUUCUUAAAUAAAGUCUAAUAUCAAACAGUGUGGCCAUAGGUAAAAGUUAUGUGGAGAAAGGAGCAAAAUUAUUUUCCUAUCAUAAGACAGAAAAGGACCUCUAGAGGAUCUGGUUCAUCUAUCUUCAGGGAAGAAAUAAUGCUAUCCUUAAAUUCCUCCAGAGGAUUGGUGAACAUUUCCUUCUGUAACCCACACUUAUAAAGUAAAAAAUUGUGUUUCAUGUCAAUAAAAUCCUCCAGUUUAAGUCACCACGUGCAAGUCUGACAGAUACUAUCCUCAUAUUUAGUUGUACACAUCCACAUAUUUUUUUUAAAGAAACGUGUCUGCAGUUCAGAAGAGUCACCACUAGAUGGAGACCUCAUAUCUACAUUUUAAAUCCCAAUCUUGGCAAUUCUCUAGCUUGGGUGAGCACAGGCUCUACACAGUCCGGUUUUUGUUGGUGUUGUGGGAAUUUUUGUUGUUGUUGUUUUGAGACAGUCUCGCUUUGUUGCCCAGGCUGGAGUGCAGUGACGCGAUCUCGGCUCACUGCAACUUCCGCCUCCCGGGUUCGAGCGAUUCGUGUGCCUCAGUCUCCCGAGUAGCUGGGACUACAGGCGUGUGUACCACCACACCCAGCUAAUUUUUGUACUUUCAGUAAAGACAAGUUUUCUCCAUGCUGCCCAAGCGGGUCUUGAACUCCUGGGCUCAAUCGAUCCGACCGUUGCGACCUCCCAAAGUGCUGGGGCGGCCCUACACAGUCCGUUUUCAUGCCCCUUGUGCUGAUAUAAUUAUUAAGAACAACCCUUUCCUUGCUCUUUUGAGAAAAUUUGAAAUAAUGCUCUAAAUCUACACAAUUUAAGACAAAAAAAAAAAAAGCUUUGAGCUUAUUUUAAGCAGUUUAUAUAUUUUUUUACUAAACCUCUCAGGUUGUAUUAAUCACACCAAACCUAAUGACACAGAAACCACUCUCUCAGUAAGUCUUGGGUUACUGUAUGUUUAGUUUUGAUGUUCCUUAAUUGUUCAGUUUAAUUAUUAUGCCCGCCAGUUUAAUAGUUCUUCUCUAACUUGUGUUUUCCAAAUAUUUUGCUCCUAUCUCCAAUUAUUUUAGCCACACUUCCUUCAGGUAUGCCCAAGUAUAUGGGAAUAGAUUUGCCUCAAGUCACUCAAAAUUUAUUUUUAAAGUUAACUUUCCAAAACAUAACCAUCAGGAACGGCCGUUAAGUUUGCUCUUAGCCUUCUUUAUGUAAUUCUAAAACUAGUCCAAUCUGAAUAUGUGUGUAUCUGGGUAUAGCUUUAUUUUCAUCUGGCAAUAACUAGGCAUCUACAAUAAACUCCUAAUUUGUCAUUUUAUUUAUGUAUAUAAUCGGCAUUUCAGAUAAUCAGAUUUCAUCUUGAAGUGAAUAAGAAAUGUAUUUCAAAAUGUCUCUCAUAAAGUGAUCACUGGAUUCCCAAGAUAGUUCACAAUCUCCCCAGCCUCUCUCCUUUCAGUGAGAAUAUCUGGGUAUUGAAGGCAGAGAACCCCUGGCAGCCUUCCUGACAUGUGUCCUCAAGCUAUUUUGGUUCUUAGUCAUUUGAAAUUCCAGGGCCUCUGAUGGCUGGAUCAUUGCUAAAAAGGCCAAAUGUUUUUGUUUACUUCCUCUAAGCUAAUUAUAUCCUCACCCUCACAGCUUAGCCAGCCUCCUGGUCUGGGCUUCUCCUUUGCUAAUUCCAUCAAAGCCCUACUUAUUUAUGGGUUUCAGGUGUUCCUCUGCCAACCAUUUCAUCUUUUUUUUCUUCCAACCAAGAGCAAAGGUAGAGGGAAGACAAGGUGUUCUUUUCCAAAGUGUAUGUGAAACCAUUUAUAGCCUCUGUUGUUUCCCUAAAAAAAAAAAAAAAAAAAAAAAAUUUCCUUCUAGCCACAUGACCACAAGAUACUAAUACAAGGUACUCUUUCUUAGCAAACUCAAUUCAACCUUCUUUGGGGGUUAAUAUUUUAUAAGCUCUUUCUGACCUCCAGCCUGCCAAUCUCAGUGCACUGUUUUGGGUUUGCUUAUCGAGUAUUCUUCCUUUCUUUUCACAGAAGUUAAAUAUCUCCUUAACAAAUUUAAAUUGUGCGCAACAGUGCCACCCAUUUUAAAGCAAAUACAGCAGGUGUCCACCAUUGUUUUGGAUACACCUUUAGAGUUUUUGAUUUGCCUAGUUUUCUAUUUCAUCUUUCUUAUUCCUUCUAUUUUCCAUAACCUUGUAAUGAUAGGUUUAGUUGUAAAAUCCAGAACUAAAUACAAUAAAAAUCAGAUAGAAUUGUACUGAGAUUAUAAGAGAUUAACUUCUUGAAAGUCCAAUUGUGCUUUUUGUUUCUUUUUUCCUUUCUUUUCUUUUACGCUACCUCCAGAUUUUUGUUAUCAACUAAAUGUUUUUUCUUUGUACUCAAUGGAUAAUCUUAACUUCGUUAUUCCCAGGGGCAACCUCUAGGUGAGUGCUUGCUGUCCAGCCACUAGCAUAGUUGGGCAAGAUAUGAUCUACUCAAAGCACAGGGGCUUAUGGCUUAUUGUUUUUACGUUUUUACCCAUCUCCAUGCUAUAGUGUAGAAUAAACAUCAUUUUUUAGUUCUGUCAUGAUUUAAGGAGGUUGAGAAGCUCCACGUUUAGGUACAACAAAUGGGAAUAUCAUCUAGGCUGGGCUGGGGUGCAGGACCCCCAGCAGCUGUGGGAAGAGAAGAAAGCAGAAGAAGCUGUCACUUAAAAUGCACUGGGGUGCUUUUGAAACAUUCCUUGUACUUCUCCCCUACCCCAAUCCAAGGGUGCUGGUUGUCCAAUUGUGUCACCACCCUGACAAAUAAGUGAAUAACUGUCACAUUCAAGACUUCACUUUUAUUGAUGUUCACUGCACCAGUAUCUGUAAAAGAGAAAGUUGUUAGAUAGUGGACAAGUCCCAUUCUCUAAAUGUGAUUUUUUUUCUCCAGGAUAUCAUCAUCCAAACUAUUCUUGCCUUGUAAUAUUUGUCUAUACCGUCUUGUUUGUUUUAAACCAGCCAUCUUUGAUAGUCAGUUUUUGAACAUAAAUCUUCAUCCAUAUUUGUAGAAUUGUUCAUCUAAGCAACAGGUAUCCUGCACUUGAUAAGCUCUCACAGUCUCAUUAUGAUAAAACAGAUAUUCCAGCAGGCCAUCACUGAUAUACUCUUUAUAAAACCAUGAAUGUUGCUAGCAAACAGUUGAGGAAUUUGUUUGUGGCUGUUUCCCAGAGAAAUUCUAACUUGGGAGUUAAUAUUUGUGUGUGUGCGUGUGUGUGUGUCUGAGAGUGUGUUUCUAUAUAUCUCAUCAGGUACUUUUAUCUUUUGCAUUUCCACAUAUUUCCCCAAAAAUGAUAGUUACUAUCCCUGUCAUCUAAGGCCCUAGGACAUUAUAAACUACUCAAAGGUAAGAGACUAUAUUUUCUUCUUUUGCUUGGUCUUGCCAUAAAUAUGCCCAGCAGGUUCACCUAUAACCCCAAAAUAUAUACUCGUAUUUUGAAUAUUCAUCCAGACCUGUAGGUUUGAAAACAGAGGUGUUUAAGUAAUUAUCUUGUAAGUCCGCCUCUGGACCAUUCCAAGGUUUGUCCUCUAGCCAACCUAUAUGUUUAUCCUUUUUGAAAAAAGUAUUAAACUGUUAAAAUAAUUUGUCUUUUUCUCACUGUGCAUUCAAUUUAACAUUCACUAACAUAUGAUAAUGAACAAGGGGUCAUGUUCAAAAUUCUAUUACAAGAACAGUGGAAGAUACAAAUACAAAUAAGCCAUGGUCCUGCCCCUCAAGAAACAGUCUAGUGGGGAGACACCCAAAAAGUCUAAUAAAUGCUAGGUACAAAAUAUGAGAACACUGUUUUGUCGCCUUCUCUCACAGUCUAAUAAAAUGGCAAAUGCUUCCUGUUUAUUGCUUGUCUAAUGCCUUUUUUUUUCCGAGACAAGUUCUUGCUCUGUCAUCAGGUUGGAGUGCAGUGGCAUGAUCACAGCCCACUGCAGCCAUGACUGCCUGGGCUCAAGUGAUCCUCCUGCCUCAGCCUCCUGAGUAGCUGGGACUACAGGCUUGUGCCACCCCUCCUAGCUAGUUUUUUGUUUUUUGCAGAGGCAGAGUCUUGCUAUGUUGCCCAGGCUGGUCUUGAACUCCUGAGCUCAAGUGAUCCUCCCCCUUCAGCCUUCCAAAUUACUAAGAUUAUAGGCAUGAGCCACCAUGCUCAGUUCUAUUGCUUUUAUAAUAUGACCUAAGGAACACUUUUCUGUUAUCUCAGGAAUGAAAGUUCUUGUCCUUUGUGUAUGUAUCUUGUCAAAAAGGACAAGGCUCAGGUGACAGUGGGGAUGUAAAUAACUGCAUUAUCAUCCUGAAUAAAUCAUAUCAUGGAGAGAUAGUCACAGGCUAGCUAAGCUCUAGCUUUCGACUUUCCUUUGACUCUCUUUCCAAGGAGUCGCAUUUUUGGGUCAAAGUCAGAGGAGGCUUGCGGGAAUCAAGAGCAGCUCCUCCUUCCUGGAGGAGGGGACUUCGUCUUAAGGCUUGAUAACAAAGCCUUUCUGUUCCACUUGAAGGGAUCGAUCUGAGGGAAGAAGAGAAUAGAGUUAACCUGUAGUGUCCCUUGAAAGCUUUGCUUUAAAAUAAUUCAUUUGUGUUUUAAAUAAGAAAAAUGUACAUACAUCUGGUGGACUUACUUGCAUAUUUUUAACACUUACCAUGCACCUACUUAUAAGGAAAAUAUUAUACUCUUUACCGUUAGCAAACGCUCCACUACUGAGGGUUGUUUUAAGUCCCUAAUAGGACCCAUUAGAGUUCAGUAAGAAAUGCAACUUGAACAGUCCCUAAGAUAAAAUUUUCUAGGAAGUAAAAAACUAAAUGCCUGAAACUAUGCAGACACAGAUCAAGUCUCAUGCACGUCAUUUAAACAGACAGCUGAAAUGCUGACACGGCCUAUCCAGCCAGAGCCUUCUCUUAAGAGUUCUCCAGUGUUGACAAUUUCAGCUGCUCUAGCAGCCUCUAAGCACUAAAAACUGUAGCCAUCUAAAUCCUUACAACUUAGGUAAGAAUCUCUUUAGAGAUUACAUUAUACCAGCAAGAGAAUAUGAAUAGCACAUAUGGCUUUAUUUGCAACAAAAUCCCAGAAUUUUUGCUUGCUCUUUGAGGUUAAAAUCAAAGAUUUUUCACUCAGGAUUAGCCUAGCUGUAGAACAGCGACUGUAUAAUAAAGAUGAGUUCAUAAACUGUAUGAGUUCAGUUAUGGUCCGGAAAAUUUGCUGCCAUUUUGUGAUGAAGUGUUUGGUUUUUCCUUGUAGAAACUUAGUGUCAUUGUACAUCAACUUAGAAAAUAUGAAUUUAUUAAAAAUAUGCGAUGGAUUAUGCAGCAUGCUUACAUUUGAAAAUGGAGACUGUGCCUUUAAAUAGUUAAAGGACUCCUGACCUUCAAAUAUCAGUUUGGGCAUAUUACUGGAGAUCCAGGUUGAAAGGUGUUGAAAAAAAAAGUUCCAUAUUUAUGUAUAGUCAGUGGUCAACAUGGAGAAGCCAUCUUUUUAAAGAGAUCAGUUCUGUAAAGCAUAAUGCCUACUACACAGACAUCAUUAUUCUACUUAUAAGUCUGUUUUUUAAAUUCCAAAUACCUGUGGUAGUAGAGAGCAAUAAAUAUUCUAAAAUGAGGGCUAUUGGUCCUUUUGUGACUGAGCUAUAUGAUAAACCAAGGAAAACUACCAAAGUUAUGUGUAUAACUCUUUAAGGUACACAAUAUAGCAGAGAAUCAUUUAGACAACUUCAUAGAAAGUUGAGAGGAUUAAUCAAAUUUUUUAAAACUUUUCAAGGAGCCAAAUUUAAUUUCUCAAUACCCUAUGAGAUUUUUUGUUAACUAUUUUAGAUUCUUGUCUGAAGAAUGCAUAAAUGUAAUAAAACCAUUAAAUACGGUAGUAUCUUGUGGCCUUUCUGUGUGGCGGAGCUCGUUUGUCCAAGGUGUGAUCUACCAGUGCUCACUCGUAGUGAGAUCAGUGCCAAAUCAUAGCAAAAGCUAAUCAUUCUUAGUUUAAUCCUGCCCAGCUAGUCUUCCUCCAGGCAUCAGCUACCUGAAUUUAAAAGACCAUAUUAGAAAUGAAAAGUAGUCUCUCAUUUAUCAUAUGUCAAAUUCAAAGGUAUAGCUGCUUGUGAAGACUGUAUUGUUUUAUUUGCCUAUCUCAGAAAGAGGUCUGCCUACCUGUCUUUAGGAAAAAGCAAUGCUUUGUGUAGCUUCAAUUAGUCCUGCAUCAGGUUAUUUUAAUAUUUCCUACAGCAAAAACCAAGCACAUAAGUCUCCAAUCCUGAAAGUCACUAGAAUAUUGACAUAAGAAAUUCUGUGUCAGCAAUAUCACAAAUAUUUACACCUCAUUUUGGGUCCUGCAUGUGUUACCAAAUUGGCCUCCAAACAGCAAGUGAUAGAAAAUUCAGGUGUUUUAUUGGAUUUCAGAAUUGAGAUUCAAAAUUAAGUACUCUUGGGAUAAAAGAAAUUAACGAGCUUUUGACAUUUCAAGAACCCACUUGAGAUUCUCAAAGGCUUCAUUCAGUAAGGAACUCUAAUGAAUAGAUCAGGAAGUCAUACAUGAGAAAGAAAACAAGCAUGUCUAGUGAAAGCUAUGCCCACUGAGCAAAGAGCACAUUUUAUUCAGACUAUUUGUAUUCAGAUGUACCCUAAAGACAACUAUGCUAUAAUGCGUUUCUCCUACUUCCGGGCCUCUAGCCCUACCCAUUGCACAGGUGGACAUUGUUUUUAGUUUUUUCUUUGUGGGUAAGGGAAAAAGAGGACAUCAGGUGAAGAGUGCCAUUACUAUUUAAGAACUAGCUGUGCAGGAAGGGUUAAAUCAAGUCCUUUACAGGGUGAUCUUUUUUCCAUCUCCUUAGGGCGACUGCAUUUCAAAAUAGGCCAAAGCUGAAGUCAUAGGAAGAAUUAAUUGCAGGUUUUCAGGAAACAGCCUUUUGGAAAGCUUGGGGACACAGCAGGUAGUCUCCCUAGAGCCUUUGAAAAUACAUGUCGGUCCUUCUCAGAUUAGGCCGAAACUCCAAAUCCUUGUUAAAGGUUUUCCUGGAAUUCUACAGUCUGGUUUGAUCAGUUUAUUAUUAAGUACUGAAUGACAGAGAAGGAUACACAGGGAAGACUUGUAUCACAUAAAGAAAAAUAAUUAUUUCCUUCAUGAGAAACUUAAUUCUAGGUUACUUACAGUAGCUGCCUUGUUGGGGAGGGGAGACAUAAAUUUGUAAAUAGUGGUGGGUUUUUUUGUUUUUGAAUAUUUGAAAAGAUGCUUCAAGCAAUAAUAAACUAGAUGUGCAAUAAAUCUUGUCGAGUGGUAGUAUGUGCUGGUUUCGGAAAGGUGAAAAGAGAAUUGUAACAUCAAGUGGCUUUUAUAUAUCAAGCUAAGUAGGGGCAUGCCUUUCCAAAGGGCGUAUUUGAUCCUACAGUUAAUUUUAACAUUUGGGCUGGAAGCUUAACCUCAUCAGGAGUGGAACUAGAUUUUGUGGAGUUCCCCUUAUCCAAACUACAGUAUGCUUAACUAUUUUCUCCCGGCAUUUUCCACAUCUCAGCCCCCUAGGACCAGCUACUGGAGAGUCAUUUUGUCCAUUUUCAUUGAUCUGGCUACAUAAGGAAUAUCCUGUUUCUUUAAAUCCUCAAUGCUUAAAUUGCCAUGUAGAAACCAACUCCCUAUCAACGUUCUGCAUUUAAUCCUUGGCUUCUUGUUAUAUUUUCAUUUUUCUGCACUCGUUCCCAUGGCAACAAGUCUGUUAGCAGAGAAAGUAUGACUCUGCUUUUAGCCUUCUGCACAAGACAAAAUCCUUCUGGUGAUCCUCAGGCGAGUAUUAUAUAAAAAGUCAGGAACUGACUGCAGUUCCUUUGGCUAAUGUCUCUAAUAUGUCACUCUCUUGUAUGCAUUUUCCACCCUAUGCCCAAACCAGGCUUGAGAAAAAAAAGUAUUCAAGGACCCUGUCAGUAUCUCCUUAAAUACUGACACAAGUAUUCAAAGGCCCUCCUAUCCAAUCACAGCUGCAAAGACUGAAUAUUUUGGUUCAGAUGGCUUUCCCUUCUCCCUAAGUGUCAAUGACUUAACUGACAUAAAUGAGUAAUUAAUGACAAGGACUACUGGGAGCAGCAUCAAGAAGCAACUUUCAUUUUUCUAUAAACACCCUAGGUAAUAAGUAUGUCCUGAAUUGAGCCUUAAAUCAGUAUCUAAUAAGGCAAUGGAACAUUGAAGCAGAUUUUCUCCUGAUGAGUAGUUAAGUGGCAUAUGAGGAGAGGCCAAGGCGUCACCCCACAGUUCUGAGCUCAUAAAGAGGAAGAGAUAACAAAGAUGUAGAUAAGAAAAGAGGACACUGUAACUGGUGGCUACAUAUGAGCAAGGGAGCUUAUUCAGUUGGGACGAUUCAGGGUUCAAGUACAAAAAUGGCAUGAAACCUACUGAAGAAUAAGAAAAUGGAGCAUGGAGAAAGAAAGGGUUUUUAAGAGUUAACAGUCAGUAGAAAGGGAGCCUGCAAAUGAGAGAAUAGCUUCAUGUAGACUUUGGCCCAACUCUGUCUACAAAUUUGUUUAAGUAAUGUUUCUCUUAAUAACAGAUGAUAUAUUUUGUUUUGAACUUUGGAAUUCCAUUGUGGCUUGGCACUAAACUAAGCCUAGCAAUCCUCAAUCUCCUAUGUCCUCAAUAUCUAUAAACAAGCAGGAACUGUUUGUCAGAAAUUAAACAGGACUUAUCUGAUUGUGCUUUUUUAAAAAAAAAAUUAAUUCAGGGGAAUGAAAAUAUAUGUUAGAAAUAAAAAUGUGGUUAUCUCAGCUAUAGAUAAGAAAAUUAUCAAAUGUAAAUGAUCCCUUUUUUGCUGAUCUUAUAAAAUAUGUGAUAAAUACAUUGAAGUUUUAAAGUUAUCUGCUUAUAUUGUACAAAGAUAUUUUUGGCUCUUUAAAGGUUAUUUUCCUAUAUUAAGAAAAGCUUUCUUAUAUUAAAAACUUUUAUUGUGACUCAGGUUUUGUGUCUAUAUAUAGACACACAUACAUAGGAGGUGUUUUUCUUUGCACAUUUGUUUUGCACAGCUAAAAUAAUGAGGUUAAAUAAUGCCCAGGUAUGGUCAAUUGACCUUUAUAAUAGCUAGCUUAAAGAAAGCAUUUGACAAAUGGACAAAAGAAAUCACAUUGUAUUUCUUUGUAUCUCUCUAUUCCUCUUAACCUUCCCCAACCCUCUACUAAAGAUUAUGUCUUAUUUAGUCAGGAAAUCUUAUGUAAUUUUUUGGAAAGUCCAUAGGAAAAGCAAGAUGCAACUCUCAGGCAAACAGAACAUAAAGCAGCUCCCAUAUGUGCUAGAAAGGUCAUUAAUCUUCAGAAUAUACUGUUGAAAUAAUUUUUAUUUUCAAUACUUAUAGAGUUUUUACACUCAGAGGACUCUUACUGGUCUUGAAUUUGGAAAAGACAUCUGGUUCAGGUCAGUGAGGACUGUUGUAUGUUAAGUUUUACUCCAGGAAAUUUGGUUUUAGCUUUGGUGACACUUAGCAUCAGUGGAAUGCAAUGAAUGCCUAAUAUUUCUGCUUUAUGUUUGGGCAUUUCUCUUUAACAUCCUCAAGUACACUUUCAUCCUUGAAAAUGCAAACCUAUUUUCUGUUUGAAAUGAAGAGAAAGGUAAUUGAUAGAUAAACCAGAUAGUUUUUGUUUGAAGAGCCAAUCAAGUUUCUCUUUGUACUCAGUAGGGACUAAAGGAAGCCUAAGGAUAAUGACACUGUCUUCAUAUGAAGGAGAAAUUUUUUACUAGUGGGAAAUUAGAAGUAAAUCUACCAAAAUCUGUUUGUAAAUUUUAAAGACCACCAAAAAAGACCUUGAAAAAAAUAAAAUUACUGCAAGAUUACUGUUGGCUAUUAUUGAAAGUACUACAGUUUUAUUUUUCCACUUUACAACCACCCAACGGCACACCAACCAGCUGUAUAUAAGAAAACCAUAAUAUGAACUAGGCUCUUUCUAUUAAAAAAGAAAUAUUACACUAACAUGAACAGUUCUGAAGGAAGACAGUGGUAGGUUUUCAAAUGGUUUGUUAAGAAUUAUAUGUAAACAGAUACUAGAUACUAUGUUUUGGAUUUUUAAGUAUGAAAAUUAUUUUGUCCUAAACUAUUUGCUAAUUGAUUACCUUUGACCUCAGUUAUUGUGGGGCAUCAUCUUUUUAUUACUCUAUAAAGAAGUUCUAAUUCUACCUAUAUGAAUUAGUAUUUUCUCAUGUGCCAAACGCACACACAUAAAUUUUCCUUUUCUCAUUUCAGGAAAUAUUUCACUCUUCUAUAAGUUUAAGAAAAAUUUCUAAGCAGUGAUACAACUUUGGGUCACUAUUUUAGUAAAAUGAAGACAGUCUCUAGACUCAUUUUUUUAAAUAUCUGACUUCACUACCAUAUGUGCAGCACAACAGUGACAUCUUAAGGCCAAGUAACCAGAGCUCCUUUAGCCAGAGAAAGAACUUGAGUUGGGAUCUGAUUUCAAAGAAAUCCCAAGUCGUUUUCAAAUUUACAAUAUUUGACUGGUAGAGAAAGUGCUUCUUUAUGACUUCUUUUGCAGUCUUUGUGAACUUUUUAAUGUGCAUUAGUAAACAUUGACAUUUUACAUAGACAUACUGUAUAUUAAUGCAUGCAUUUCACUGCAUAGUUUAUUGACACUCCCCUUGUAAAGCUUUUAUGGAAGAACCAAUAGGCCACAGCAGUAUAGCAAAAGAGGCUUAAUCUUUAUAAAUUGGGGCCUUUUCUGUCUCUUUGCUAGCCUAGGUGGCUGUAAACAAAUUCGGGUGGGAGGGGGCAGGAAACACCUCUUAACAUUUAAGGUUUUCUACUUGGGUGUACUCUAGCCAAUUCAAAACAAAUUGCUUACUUUAAUAAUGCAAUUUUACCAUUUUAUAAAAAAAUUAAAUCACAACAUGUUUAACUGAAAUGGCUGUAUUGUAAUUAAUAUUUUGAGAUAAUUGUGAUUUUGAGCUUAAAUUAUAUAUAAAAAUUGUCAUUUUUGUAUGUGUUAAAAAGACUACUAUAUCACAAUUAAAAGUACUUUUUAGUUGAACUACAUAUUGAUGUAAAUAAAACUGAAUGAAGACAUAUUUACUACUUUAACAUAGAUUGUGAAUGUACUUACUGGUUUUUUUGCAGUAUGAAACCAUAACAACCUUGAAAGCUGCUUCAUUUUAUGUGCAAAGUCCUAUGAAUCUAUAUUUUAAAUUUACUGAUCCUGUGAAAUUAAUUUCUUUGUCAGUUAAUUUGCAAAUGCGAGCUGUAUUCUUCAGUUUUAUGUAUUGACACUAAUUGGUAAAGGUGUACAAUGUGAUUAGAAUGCAUUUUGAAGAUGCUUUCUGUACAGAUACAAAAUACAGGGACUAAAAUAAUGCUGUGCAGUGUAUAGCAGAGCCAUUUUUCGGCUUUGGUGUACUCAACUUUUUCAGUAUUUAAAAAAGUGUUUUGAAUAACAUAAAAGUCUCCUUAUUGUAUAAAUAAUAAAAUGUCACCUUAUUGUAAA